ACAUGUGCACACACACACACACACACACACACACACACACAAACACAGGCUUUGACUUGUUAUGUCCUUAUUAAAACUUUUACAGCUGCUUCUGCACAUACCAGAGAAGAACAUCGAGAGAGAGAAAGAGAGAGAGACAGAGUGAAAGACAGACAGAGAGCGAGAGAGAGUGAGUGAGAGAGAUACAGAGAGCGAGAGACAGAGAGAGAGAGAGAGAGUGAGAGAGAGAGAGUGAGAAAGAGAGAGUGAGAAAGAGAGAGUGAGAGAGAGAUACAGAGAGAGAGAGAUACAGAGAGCGAGAGAGAGAGAGACAAAGCAAAAGAGAGAGAGAGAAAGUGAUCCAGAGAGAGAGUGAGAGAGAGAGAGACAGAGCAAGAGAGAGAUACAGAGAGAGCUACAGAGAGAUACAGAGAGAUACAGAGAGCGAGAGAGAGACACAGAGAGAGAAAGAGAGCAAACAAUAACAAUCCUUCAGUCCCACACGUUACUAUCGACCACAGAACACAACACAACACAACACAACACAACACAACACAACACAACAGGAGAAACUGUGGAGGAGGUUUAGAAGUCAGCAGAAAUGGCAGAGGAAGAGCGCGGGCCGCAGGCGCCGCUGGCCGACUCGCUCCGUCUGACGUCGGUCACGCAGCCUUAUCCUCGUUCUCCAAAAACACGACGGAAGCCAGACGCCGACUCGCUCAAUCCCUCACAGGAACAGCUGUCCUGCUGGCUGGAGGAGCUGGAGAAGGAGAGCAAGAGCACGGAAGCUCAUAUGGCGUCUCUGAAAAAGCGCCAAACCAACCUGGCGACGAGCGCGGAGACGAUGGAGCAGCAAGUACGUGAGCGAUUCGAGGCUAUGCGUCUGGCCCUGGAGAAGGAAGAACAGGCCGUACUGGGUUCUCUGGAACUAGAAUACCGGGAGAACAGCAGCAGGAUGACGCGUCUCCUGAACGACUGGAACCAGCACCUGAAACUGGUGCGCAAACGGAUCGGCGUCGUCAGGACGCUGCAGCAGACGGGAGCUGAGCAGCAGCAGCAGCAGGUCUCUCAUGAAGAUUUCAGCUGCCACAAGAAGCAGGACGCAGCCGAGCUGGCCAUCAGGCUGAACGGUGAAAGGUUCCAGAAGCUCAUGAAGGUUUUGGGGAAGAUCUCAAAAGAUCUGCAGGUCCAACUACAGAAGAAGAGCCUGCUGCUCGACUCCACUCAGGUGGUGAUUGACAGGGCAGCCAGCCACAGACAGAUCAAGGUGACUUCGAAUGGGCGGGGCUUAUACGUCUCUCCUGACGACAGCUCGGCCCCUCCUCCCCCUCUGCAGUUCGAUCAGACCUGCUGCGCCCUGGGCUCGCCUGCCGUAAGCUCGGGACAGCGCUACUGGGAAGUGGACGUUCACUGCUGCCCUUCCUGGGCCGUGGGCGUGGCUUACGGCAGUCUGAACAGGAAAGGGCGGGACAAAAGCACAAAACUGGGCAGGAACAGACUCUCGUGGAGUCUGGAGUUUCAGGACGGGCGCCUGUCGGUUUGGCACAACGACCUACACUUGGCUCUGUCCGGUCGCGCGCCAGACCGAGUGGGCGUGUACGUGAACUUCGCCAAGGGACAAGUCGCGUUCUAUGACGCAGACGCUAUGAAGAUGCUACAGGAUUUCUCAACCAGCUGCAUGAGCGUGUUCGACAGGGCGCAUCACCAGUUCACAGAGCCCGUGUUUCCUGCUUUUCGCUUUUUUAAAGCUAGAGAUCGACAGACUGUUCCGGAUCAUAUGGAGAUCUGUGACCUCGGGCUCUAACGCACUGCGGUUCUGCAGCUCGUCCUGGUCCUGGUCCUGCACGUUUUAGUCUUUGUCCUGUAAACUUAACCUUUAACAUGUAAAAUCACAUUUGUUUAAAUUUGAGGUCAAAAGUAAACUUGU